AUGAGUAACAACGAAGCUUUUGACGGACAGAUAUUAGCUGACAAGCUCACAAAACUCAACAGUUCACAGCAAAGCAUUGAAUCUCUGUCUCGUUGGUGUAUUUCUCACCGAAAGAAAGCAAAACAGAUUGUUGAAACAUGGGAUAAAUGUUUCAAUUCUUCCCAAAAAGACCAGCGUGUGUCUUUUCUAUAUUUGGCUAAUGACAUAUUGCAAAACAGUAGGCGAAAGGGCAGUGAGUUUGUGAAUGAAUUCUGGAAGUUCCUUCCUGCAGCUCUGAAGCAUGUUUAUGAAAAUGGUGAUGGACAUGGAAAGAAAGUUGCCACAAGACUGGUUGACAUUUGGGAAGAAAGGAAGGUUUUUGGGUCUCGAGGGCAGAGUCUUAAAGAUGAAAUGAUGGGAAAGAAUCCUCCUGCUCUACCUGUAAGCAAUGGAAAGAGUUCAAAUCCUAUCAAGAUAGUGAAGAGGGAUGCACACUCAGUUAGAAUUAAACUGGCUGUUGGAGGUCUGCCAGAAAAAAUACUUACCGCAUUUCAACCUGUUCUUGAAGAACAUCUUAGCGAAGAAGCUGCUUUGAACAAGUGUAGUGCCGCUCUACAUCAUGUGGGUAAAAUUGAUGAAGAUGUUGAAAAUACCUUGACUCAUGGAACUCAGCAGGGAUCUACAUUGUUGGAUGAUUUAAAAGAGCAGGAAGAUUUACUUAAUCAAUCUGUUGGUCAGCUUGAAAACGUGGAGGCAACAAGAUCUGCCUUGGUUUCGCAGCUUAAAGAAGCACUUCAGGACCAAGAAUCAGAGCUGGAACUUGUUCGCACUCAGUUGCAAGUUGCUCGACAUCAGAUUGAGAAACUGGGUAAUAUUAAAAGGAGACUGACUUUGUCCCCGGUUGUUAAGCCCCAAAGCAAUGUCACUAACAUGACAACUGAAUCUACAAGGGUAUUAGAACCAAAUUUAUCAUUAGUGCAACCAUCUGGCAUCCCACCUCAGCCUCCAACCCAACCUGUGAUUUCUUUUGCCUCUGUCAAAACUACUGAUGAAGAGAACAAAAAGGCAGCAGCUGCUGCUGUUGCUGCUAAGCUAGCUGCAUCUACAUCUUCUGCCCAGAUGUUGACCUCUGUUCUUUCAUCCCUUGUUGCUGAAGAAGCUGCCUCAAUGAUGGUAGCCUAA